CUCUUCUAUAGUUGAAGUUAUAGAGACUGUUUUAGCUCACAAAUAAAUCUGAUAAACAGUUGAUAAAAGACAACUUGAGGCUCUGCGAUAAUUUCCCUUUUGUUUCAUGGAAGUGAAAUGUUUCAUGAAAUAUUCCACUCCUCACUUCCAGUGAAUCUUCCAACCCCCCAAUCUGUCAGACGGAAAAUUUUCACUACAACAAAUUUUCCCAAUUAUCAGCGAAUUUUGACCCAAUUUCACUUUCCUCGUGCGUCAGAGACCACGUAAAUGUGUCACUAGUGCGAGGAUGUUUGGUGGACCCCUUCUGCUGACCUCUGUGUCUGGGGCGCGUCUGUAGGGCGACGCGAUGUGCUGCUGAGUGAGACAAUGGGUGGCUCCGUGAGUCAAGUGUUCAGGUCCGGGAGUGCCAGAGAUGGGCACAAAGUGUCCGGAUCCACUAUUGACAAGGUGCAGACGAUCUUUGAGAUUCUCUGCUCCAAUCCCCGCAUCUCAAUCCACACGCUGGAGGCCCUCCUGGUGCAGAUACCAAAAAAUGAGAACAUCCUGGCCAUUCAUGAUGACUCGGGGUACAAUUUGCUGCAGAAGAGUGUGGCCAUAAAUCACAUCGAGCUGGUUCGCUGGCUCCUCCAGAGACACUGCCCAGACGUCAACCGAUGUCCCUGCUCCCUGCCACUGCACAUUGCCUGUCUCAAGGGACAUGAGGAGUGCGUGGAGCUGCUCCUCAAGCACGGUGCUCGCAUCGACACCGAGGCCCGCAUGUGCUUCCCCGGACUGCACUCGCUGAACUGCGAGGAGCGCGGAAAGUACAAGAAUGUGGCAGUCUGUGAUCGGCCCAGCAGCAAACUGCAGAAUGCUGUGUGCUACGCAAUCGACGGGGAUCAGAUAAAUGUUCUCAACAUCCUGGCGCAGAAGAUGGAGGAACCCUGGGGAUCUCUCUGCAAUAACUUCCAGAUACCGUUUCGCGUGAAGAAGCCUCUGCUGCAUCUGGCCUGCGAGCGUGGCGCCUGGAAGUGCGUCCAGCAGCUAGUCAUAACGCGUUCUGACGAGAUUAACCUCAUCAAAGAUGAGUACUAUCCCAUCCACCAGGCCAUCCUGCACGACACGAGAUUCCUGGAGCUUCUCAUCCAGCACGGCGCGAUCACGACGGUGCGGACUUGCACGCAGCAGAUGACUUUGCUUCACGUCGUUCUCCUGCACGCUAGGAAGUCCGCUGAGGAUGUUCUGCACACACUGCGAAUUUUACUGGAGCGUGGCGGCUGCAAAGAGCUGAUCAACGCUCCGGAUUCCCUGGGGAACACUCCACUGCACGCCGUCAUCGUGCGCUACGCCCUCGAGGAGGCCAAGUACGGGUAUGACAAGUGGAAUAAGUGGGACGUGCUGCACCUGGUGCGCUUCCUGCUGCAGAACGGCGCCAAGAGUUCCAUCAAUCAGGCGGGAAACAGUGCUCUGGCGUGCGUGUUCCGCCACAUUCGCGACUGGGAAGUGUGCUAUGAGUUGCUUAACAUGAUGAUUAAGGAGGACGGUGAUCCCAACAUUGUGGGCAGGGAUGGUUCGGUGCCGUUGAUGGUGUGUCUUGUGCCGCUGAUCAACAAGGAUCCGCUGCAUCACUUCACGCACACGAUGAAGGUGUGCUUCCUGAACUGCAUUCGCAUUCUGCUGGAGCGCGGCGCAAAUCCCAACUGCUCGUAUCGGUCCAAUCUCACACCACUUCAUGUUCUCAUUUUCACGGUGAGUGAGAAUUUCACGCUGAACUGCGACACGCAGAAGAGGGCCAAUUUUGACUUCAUCAAGAACAUCCUGCAAUUGCUGCUGCAGCACGGACUGGACUGCAACGUGACGUCGCAGACGAUUCUGCACAGCGUGAUGGAUAUGGUGCAGAAUGUGCGCACGUGUCCGGACAUGGCGUGCAUCCACGAGCUGACGCUGCUGCUGCUGCAGUACGGCAAUGAUCCCAACAUCAAUCUGUGCGGCAAGGUGACCGGGACGCCGGCCGAGGUGGUGAGGGCGGAGGGCAGCGAGGAUAGUGCGCCGCAGGAGGCCAAUCCGCCGCCCGGUGCGAGCGUCAGUCGGUCCAAUGAGCCCUUCCGGAACUCCUUCCGCACCAACAGCCGCAACUACAUUCUCUUCUACUUCAUCUCGCUGAUCACGAAGAAGGAGUUCCUGCUGACGGACAGGGACGCCACGUACACGCGCAUCAUCCACCUGCUCUACUACUCAAUGCAACACGAGCCUCUCUACAACUGCCUGAAGAGCCUUCACAAUCUCUACCUGACGCAGGUGCCCAACAAGACGACCGAGAGCCUCAUCAGCCUGAUCGCGGUGCUGUACAAGAGGCCGCGCACGCUCAAGCAGAUGUGCCGCGUGAGGAUCUUCGAGAGCAUCAACAGGAAGCUCGCCCAGAAUAUUAACAGACUGAAUCUGCCAGGACUUCUCAAGGACUACGUUCUAAAUUUCGAAUCCUAAGUUCUCUAUCUCUAUUUCUCUCUCUCUCUCCCACCUGCUGAUUGAGGACACCAGAGAAGGAAGAGGAACUUGCUAGAGGAGAUGUUUAUUGUGCAAUUACCGCGUGAGAGGAUGCAAAUCAUUUUAAUUCGGUGUGAAAUUUACACGAAUUCUUCAGGUUUAUCUGAUCAAAAUUAAGUGAAUCUGUAUGGUCAUGUAUUAAUUUGCAAUAUAUU